CAAAGCUGAGGAUAAAGAGGAAGAAGAAGAGAGGUUGGUGAGUGGAGAUCAGCAGUCUAUGGAGGAGGGGGAGAUGAUUAUGGAAAGUAAACAGGAGGAAUCUUCUCUACAUAAGGACACAACAGAUGGACGGUGUUUCGACAUUCCACAAUAUUCUCCCAAAGUCACCUCUGAUUGGUUGGUUAGAUCAUCAGAUCCUUCCAAUCCUGAGGAACCUUCUGAGGAAUCCCAUAUUAUGACAUCAGAGGUCCUUCCAAGUUCUCACAGUGCUGACAGAUCACCAGAUCCAUCCAAUCCCCAGAUAUCUUCUUUAAGCCAUAAGAAGGUUCACACAGGAGAGCGUUCAUUGUCAUGUUCAGAGUGCGGGAAAUCUUUCACUAAAAACACAAACCUUCGUAGGCACCAGAAAAUUCACACGGCUGAACGUACCUAUUCAUGUUCAGAGUGCGGGAAAUCUUUCUCUCGGGCACCACACCUUGUACGACACAAGCGAGUCCACAAAGGUGGGCAUCUUAAUUCAUGUGCAGAGUGCGGGAAAAAUUUCUCUCACAAAGCUCAGCUUACGGAACACCAGAGAACUCACAUAGGUGAGCGUCCUUAUUCAUGUUCAGAGUGCGGGAAACGUUUUUCUCACAAAAAAGGCCUUGUUAUACACCAGAGAACUCACACAGGUGAGCGUCCUUAUUCAUGUUCAGAGUGCGGGAAAUAUUUCACUCAGGCAUCACACCUUGUACGACACAAGAGUGUCCACACAGGUGUGUAUCGUUAUUCAUGUUCAGAGUGUGGGAAAUGUUUUUGUGAUAAAGGACGACUUAUUGUACACCAGAGAAUUCACACAGGUGAGCGUCCAUUUUCAUGUUCAGAGUGCGGGAAAAGUUUCUCUCACAAAAACGGCCUUGUUGAACACCAGAAACUUCACACAGGUGAGCUCCCUUGUUCAGAGUGCGGGAAAUCUUUCACCAGACAAAGAACACUUUUGAUACACCAGAGAAUUCACACGGGCGUGCAUCCUUAUUCAUGUUCAGAGUGCGGGAAACGUUUUUCUCACAAAAAAGACCUUGUUAAACACCAGAGAAUUCACACAGGUGAGCGUCCUUAUUCAUGUUCAGAGUGCGGGAAAUCUUUCACUCAGGCAUCACACCUUGUACGACACAAGAGUGUCCACACAGGUGUGUAUCGUUAUUCAUGUUCAGAGUGUGGGAAAUGUUUUUGUGAUAAAGGACGACUUAUUGUACACCAGAAAAUUCACACAGGUGAGCGUCCAUUUUCAUGUUCAGAGUGCAGGGAAAGUUUCCCUCACAAAAACGGCCUUGUUGAACACCAGAAACUUCACACAGGUGAGCUCCCUUGUUCAGAGUGCGGGAAAUCUUUCACCAGACAAGGAACACUUUUGAGACACCAGAGAAUUCACACGGGCAUGCAUCCUUAUUCGUGUUCAGAGUGCGGGAAAUCUUUCACCAGACAAGAAACACUUUUGUUACACCAGAAACUUCACACAGGUGAGCGCCCUUAUUCGUGUUCAGAGUGCGAGAAAAGUUUCAUUCGGAAAUCAGCCCUAGUUUACCAUCAGAAAAGUCACACGGAUAUACGUCCUUAUUCAUGUUCAGAGUGCGGGAAAUCUUUCACUCACAAAAGAAACUUUGAUCAACACAAUAGAGUUCACACAGGAGAGCGCCCUUAUUUAUGUUCAGAGUGCGGGAAAUCUUUCACCCAAAAAGGAUCACUUUUGACACACCAGAAACUUCACACAGGAGAGCGCCCUUAUUCAUGUACAGAGUGCGGGAAAUCUUUCACCACAAACGGAUCACUUUUUAAACACCAGAAACUUCACACAGGAGAGCGCCCUUAUUUAUGUUCAGAGUGCGGGAAAUCUUUCAUCCAAAAAGGAUCACUUUUUAAACACCAGAAACUUCACACAGGAGAGCGCCCUUAUUCAUCUUCAAAGUGAGGGAAACCUUUCAAUGCAAAGAAUGACCUUCGUAGAUGUCCUAGAAUUCACACUAGUGAGCGUCCUCAUUUAUGUUCAGGGUGUGGGAAAUGUUCCAAUCGCAAAAUAAACAACUUGUUGAACACCAGAAAAACUUCAUACUACUGAGUGUCCUUUCCCUUGUUAAGAGAGUGCGGCAAAUGUUUCCUUCAAAAAGAAAGACAUAUUAUACGCCAGAUAAUACACACAGGUGAACACUCUUAUUCAUGUUCAAUGUGUGGGAAAUGUUUAAUUAGGAAAGAACAUCUCCUUAUACAACAGAAAAUUCUCACAGGUGAGUGCGGGAAAUGCUUCACUUUUUGAAUAUCCGAGAAUCUACACGGGUGAGCGUCCUUAUUCAUGUUUACAGUGCGGCAAAUCCUUCAUUCGUAAAAGAGACCUUGUUAUACACCAGAGAAUUCACACAGGGGAGGGUCUUUAUUCAUGUUCAGAGUGCGGGAAAUCUGUGAGAAACCAGAAAAAGCACACAGAUGAGCACCCUUACUCAUGUUCAGGGUGCGGUAAAUGUUUCAUUCACAAAAAAGACCUUGCUGGACACCAGAAAAUUCAUACAGGUGAAUACUCAUGAUGAUGGGACAUAACAAGGGAAUACAUGUUACCCCCACGAGCCUCAGAUUCUCCUAGGGAGGGGGUCAGAUAGAGACAAGGGGUGUAUAAUUCUCAUCACAGUACAUCGGGGGUAUAAGAAAAAUAUUUGCGUUUUUAGGGGUGUGGUUUGACAGAUAUAUAGACAUAAAGAAUAAAUGAAAGGAACGUGGUUCUCAUAUAAAACAGUACUGAGUAAGUCCAAUAUUUACACCGACAGUCCAUGAGAAUUGGCCACCGGUGGUCAGCACACUUAUAGAAAAUUACAAAGAUUAUUGGUUUCAUAAACACAUUGAGAGGAGCCGGCAGGAGAAGCUACUGCAAAAAGAUGGAAAAGUUGCCUGAAAAUGUAAUGUGAAUGGUGGGAGGAGAGCUGUCGGAGAAUGUAGUGUAGAUGGUGGAGGAGAGCUGUGGGAGAAUGUAGUGUAGAUGG